AUGAACAGGAACUCCAAACACGUAUACUCCACCAACAAACGUUUCCUGAAACUCGCCGGCAAUAACGACGUCAAAAGCCAGUUCAAUAUGCCGCUACCAGUAUACAUCUACGACCAUGUAUAUGGAGCCACCAAAGCGAACCCUAACGGUGCCAGUCCAAUUCGAGGCACACCGACCGCCUUGCCCAUAACCGGAUAUAAUGCAAUAUCGCCGGAUGCUAUCAAGACUACAGCGGGUAGCUACACUAACACGGGUCAAAAUGUUAGUAGUAACGUAUAUGCUACAAGUGUGCCAGGUAAAUAA